AUGUUCUACUAUAACAACAUACAUGGCCAACCCGCGGCCCAUCUUUACGACUCUCUACCAGCCCCUUCUCCCAACCACUUUCAUUCGUCCAACGUCACCUCGGACAAAACAGUAGAACCGCCAUCGGCAACGGAAUCCUCUACGUCAGCGUACCUCAUCAACUUCGACUCCCCUGGGUUCAGUUGGUUCCCGGACUGUGAUCCCGAUCCCGCUCAAGAAGUGCAGGCCACAUCGCUGAACCGCUCCCGCUCAUCCGAUCCAUCUUCCGGUGGUCAUACCAUCUCCCCUUCACCCCCCGGCGGGGGAAAGAUGGGUAUAGACGACUGGUGGCCCAAUCACGCCAACGCCGGUACACCCACGAUACGGCAGGGCGCGCUUCCGGUGCGGCCAAACCACUGUGUUACUCCCCUAGCGGCCCUACGUCCCGAUAAUCCGGCUACCUCCCUCCCACACCUUGACAGGGGGAGUACCCCGCUCUACGGCGAUGUGCGUGUGGUCUCAGCCGGAACCUCUUUCCCGUCUUCGGGGCAUGACGUCGGUGACUGGCGGCGGACGAUGGAGCAGAAGAGCACUGUGCUAGAAGCCUUUCAAAAGACCUACACUCCUGGCCCCACGCCAAACCCGCAUGACCCCCUUCUCCCUUCGGGCUCCGACCGUAUACCGCGCCGGCAAAUGGUUUCGCCUCCAAGGGACCACUUUACCUGUACAUCUCCCGAAAGUGCAGGGGCACCGUACCAUCCACCGAGUGAACCUGUUCACAUCCUCGAUACUAGAGCGUCCGGGAGCAACUCCGCAUCGUCUGGAUUGGCUCCGAACAAUGGCGCACCAUCUCUAGUCCGGAGAUAUCCUCCCCCCACCACCUCGUUUCCCUCUCCCGCACUCUACGGCAGCCUGCCAUUCUACCCCCCUUCCAACCUUCUCGAUGCGCCUAGUUUCGCGAUCGUCAAGAUAGGCGCUGGAACCUACAAAACCUCCCAUGAGUACGAAGGGAAUCGUCUGGUGAUAUGGUACCACUGCAGCCACGAUUACCCGGACUGUCCUAAACGUUUUCGUGAUCGCCCCAACAACCUUCGGUCCCAUCAGCGCGAGGCCCACGGCUCGCCCUUCACACGUUCGCAGUGCCCCCAAUGUGACUGCUCCUUCAAACGGGAGCGGGACCUCCGGGCACACAUCAAAAGUCGCCACCAGGGAAACGCACAGCAAGACACUGUGAGCCGCCGCUUUUGA